AUGAUGGUUGAGUUCGAGCCAUCCAACAGCCUGCUGGCAAGGUGCCUGCAGACCGCUGCGAUGCUGCAGGGGAUCCUGAUCAUCUUGGUGCUGAGUAAGAGCCCUGCCAUGCCACCCUCACCAGACAAGUCCCCACCGACACAGCUGCAGGUUCGGGUUGGCUUCAGAGUGCGUGCUUUUUCGCCUAGACACAGCUGCAGGUUUGGGUUGGCUUCAGAGUGCGUGCUUUUUCGCCUAGACACAGCUGCAGUACCGGGGAGCAUUGGACUCAUGGUGAUGUUGAUCCUGUACAACUAUUGGUUCCUUUACAUCCCAUAUCUGGUCUGGUGUUACUAUGACCGGCGAACCCCAGAGCAAGGAGGCAGGAGAUGGAGCUGGGUUCAGAGCUGGACUGUGUGGAAGUAUUUCAUGGACUAUUUCCCAAUGCAUCUUGUCAAAACCCAGGAUUUGGAUCCAGCUCACAAUUAUAUAUUUGGGUUUCACCCUCACGGAAUAUUCGGGUUUGGAGCCUUUGGAAACUUUUGUACAAAUUACUCCGACUUCAAGAAGCUCUUUCCUGGCUUUACGUCGUAUCUCCACGUGGCCGUGUCCUGGUUCUGGCUCCCGUUCUUCAGAGAAUAUGCGUUGAGUUAUGGGCCAGUUUCAGUUUCUAAGAGGAGUUUGUCUCAUGUGAUGAGCAAGGACGGAGGUGGGAACAUCUCAGUCAUUGUCCUCGGGGGUGCGAAAGAGCUACUGGAGUCCUUCCCUGGAAGAUAUUCCCUGUGCCUUCUUCAGCGCAAAGGAUUUGUUAAGAUCGCCUUGACCCAUGGUGCCCAUUUGGUUCCAGUGUUUUCUUUUGGUGAAAAUGAACUAUAUAGCCAAGUCGACAACCCUAAAGGCUCAUGGCUUCGGACUGCCCAAGACAAAGUGUAUAACCUAACAGGGUUGGCCUUGCCACUAUUCUAUGCCAGAGGAAUUUUCCAGAACAGCUUUGGCCUAAUGCCCUAUCGGAAAUUGAUCUACACUGUUGUUGGCCGCCCCAUCCCUGUUCAGAAGACUCCGCACCCGACCCCAGAGCAGAUUGAUGAGCUGCAUCAGACGUACAUGGAGGAGCUAAGGAAACUCUUCAAUGAACAUAAAGGGAAAUACGGUAUUCCGGAGCAUGAAACUCUGGUUUUUAAAUAGCCGUCUUCCUCCAAGCCAUACUGAAGGAAGACAAGAAAACAUUGUUGAGAAAAUAAAUAUUUUAAAUAACU